GGGGUUGACUGAAAAAUUUCAAUUAUGACUAUGUUAAAAUCCACAUCUCUAAUAUGUGCUUACGUAACCCGAUUUCCCGGGCCUGAUUUUUCAUGAGUCAGACAAUUUAAUCAAAAUGCCAUUUGAUAAGACACGUAUGCAGGAAGGCGAUAAGAGUCACGAGAAUAGUCACAUGACUAAUAAAUAUAUUAUUUUAUAAAAUUAAAUCUGAAACAUUUACGAAAGACAUGUUACUAUAAAGAUAUUAUUGUUACUACAAGCAUGAAUCUUAGUUAAGAGCAUAAUUGUUGGGAGUAUGUCAUCGAUUGUAGCAUACCAGUUUUUAUUAUGUAUCAUAAUAUCUAUGUCGUAUGUGGCAUUCAUAUACUAUCGAGUACCUCAUGAAUUACAAGGGAAAGAUAGAAAUGAUAUAGGAGUUAUACGAUUUCGAAUGAUUAGAGUUAGUAUAUUAUGUGUGAUAUUGUAUAUAGGAAUUCCUUUUGUAUAUGGACGAGAUAUGAAGGAGUGGACUAAAGAUUUAGGGAUUAUUCCUGGAUUUACUAGAUCUAGUGAUGGUAGAGAUUUAGUUAAUAUUGGAAAAAGCUUAGUAUUAAUCUUAGUAUUAUAUAUUGGACCUAUUGUCAAGUAUUAUUUAAGUACUACACUCACUGAUCAAAUUGAAGAUUUAAAAUAUUCAUUCUUUAGUAUAUAUGGAUUUCGAGAUCAUAUUUUUGCACCUAUUAGUGAAGAAUUUAUAUAUCGAUCAAUUAUACUUAAUAUUGUUCCAUCAACUAUGAUUAAUUAUACGCCAUUUUUAUUUGGAAUUGCGCAUUUUCAUCAUGGGUAUCAGUUAUAUUAUAGACAAAAUUAUGAAUUAAGAGUGGUUAUAGCUAAUGUAGGAUUUCAGUUAUUAUAUACUUCAUUAUUUGGAUAUUUAAUGAAUCAUAUAUGGUAUGAAUAUUUUAAUGUGUGGAGUAAUAUUAUUAUUCAUUUAGUGUGUAAUCUUAUUGGGUUUCCUGAAAUGGAAGUGGAGAAGUAUCGAUGGGGGUAUUAUGGGUUAUUAGUGGUAGGAGUUAUAGGAUUUGUUAAGAUGUUGAGGAUGUAGAGUAAUUAUAGAGAUGCUACAUAAUUACUACAUAAUUA